AUGCCCAAGUAUGCGAGGUUCCCAAAAGAGAUUCUAAGCAACAACAGGAAGCUGGAGGACUUGGGACUUGUGACACUAAAUGAGGAGUGCUCAGCCAUUCUUCAAAAUAAGCUGCCAGUAAAGAGGCAUGAUCUAAGGAGUUUUAAUGUUCCCUGUUUGAGUGAGCCUAAACCUACUAGGAUGAGCAUACAGAUAUCAGAUAGGACUGUGAAAUUUCCUAGGGGAAUAGUUGAGGAUGUACUUGUUAAGGUAGACAAGUUUAUAUUUCCUAUUAAUUUUGUUGUUAUGGAUAUAGAGGGUGAGAGUAGCGUACUUUUAAUUCUAGGUAGACCUUUUCUUGCAACAUCUAGGGCUGUUAUAGAUGCGUAUAAUAGGAAGUUACAGCUUAGAGUAGGUGGUGAGUCUAUUACCUUUGACCGUAGCACUUCUAUGAGACAUUCCUUUGGCCAUGAUGAUACUGUACAUUCUAUGGAUGUUUUAGAUGAUAUUGUGGCAUUACAGAUUUAUUGGAACAACUUGCUUGUUUACUGGCUAAUGAACCCAACAGGUCUACUGACUAUUUUGUUGAUAUUGACAGGUCAAGGUGUACAGAAAUUGAGACCUUCACUUGAGGAGCCACCAGCCCUAGAGUUGAAGGAGUUGCCUAAGCACUUGACCUAUGCUUAUUUGGAUGAGGCGGAGAAGCUACCGGUGAUUAUUGCAGCUGAUUUGACUUAUGAGAAGAGGGAGAUGACUUUGGCUUCUCUCAAGAAGUAUCCCAAGGCCUUUGCAUACAAGAUUGCAGACAUUCCUAGUAUCAACCCCAGCUAUUGUUCAUAUAAGAUCCUGAUGGAGGAUAAUUACAGCUCUUGGGAGGCUCAAUGA